AUCUCAAAAUGUCAAUCCACGGCUUCAGAGAAAGAGGAAGACACGCCUGUUCUUUCCCUUUGUUGAACCCUGCUAAAACCCUACGCCUCCCUUCCUCCUCCAUCCGAUCGAGCAUCUCUUUCGGGCGAUUCGAGAUGGAGCUUCCCAAGGGCUUGAGUCUGGGGAGGGGCGGCGCCUCCACCACCGCCAAGGUCGCGAUCGUCGUGGGGAUCACCGUCGCUGGUGUCCUGAUCGUCGCGGAGGCUGCUCGCCGCCGCCGAAGAAGGUCGCGGCAUCUCGAUGUGAAGGAUUUCGGAGCCUUUGUCGAGCGAUUCGAGAUAUAUCCCUCCCCCCAGCCUCCGCCUCCUGCCGCUCGCCACCGUUUGUCUGACCUCAAGUUCGCCGUCAGCGACAACUUUGAGAUCGAGGGCUUUGUUGCUGCUGGAUACGGGAAUCCAGAUUGGAAGAGGACGCAUGAACCUGGUAGCCAGACAGCAGUAGUGGUGUCGUGGCUUCUAAAGAACGGGGCAACUUGUGUUGGGCGGACAGUCCUGGAUGAAUUUGCAUUUGGUGUUACAGGAGAAAACUUGCACUAUGGUACACCAUACAACCCAGAACUGCCAUCUCUGGUCCCUGGGGGAUCAUGUAGUGGUUCAGCUGUAGCCGUUGCUGCUGAGCUGGUUGAUUUUGCCUUGGGUACUGACACUAUAGGAGGUGUAAGAAUUCCUUCAGCUUUUUGUGGAGUAUUUGGGUUUAGACCUUCCCAUGGAAUUCUAUCUAUGCUUGGCAUCUUAGCAAAUUCACAAACCUUGGAUACCAUUGGAUGGUUUGCACGGGAUCCAUCUAUCCUUCACUGUGUUGGGCAUAUAUUACUUCAAGCAUCACCAUUGGGACUUAAACGAACACGGAGGUUUAUAUUAGCUGAUGAUUGUUUUCAGCUUUUAAGGGUUCCUAAGCAGAGGACAGUGGAUGUUUUAAGCAAAGCUAUCGAGAAUUUGUCUGGAUACCAACCUUGUAAGCAUAUGAAUAUCAGUCAAUAUUUGAUGACAAAUGUUUUGAGUUUGAAGGAAUUCACUGAACCAACACCUAAAGAAGGAACAUCCAUUUUGAAGGCAGUAUCUUCAGCUAUGGUAUUGCUUCAAAGAUGUGAAUUCAAGUUAAACCAUGAGGAGUGGUUUAAUACAGUGAAACCCAGAAUAGGAGUUCGUAAUUCCUCACAGGUUCUGGCAGCUGUGAAUUCUACACAGGACAACACAAAAUCUUUGUACAAAGUGAGGGCAGAAAUGCGAAGUGCAUUGAACAGUCUUUUGAAGGAUGAUGGAAUUUUGGUUAUUCCAACAGUUGCAGACUUUCCAUUCAAACGUGAUUUGAGAAAAAAAUUGACUUGUGAGAUUGAAGAUAGACUACAUGCACUGUUGAGCAUUGCUGGAAUGUCUGGCUGUUGUCAGGUUACGGUUCCAUUAGGAAAGUAUGAGGAGUAUCCCAUUUCUAUUUCAUUUAUAGCUGCACAUGGAGCAGAUAAACUUUUGCUUGAUACUAUAGUGGAUAUCUACCCCUCUCUCCAAGAACAGAUUAGUGUUGCAUCCAACUCUGGGCCAAUACCAUAUAUCAAUGGGGAUAUGGAUGCGGCUGAGCUUUUAAAAGAAAAGGGAAAUGCUGCUUACAAAGGAAAACAGUGGAACAAGGCUGCUAGCUUCUACUCUGAAGCUAUUAAACUGAAUGAUACAAAUGCCACAUAUUACUGCAACAGGGCAGCAGCUUACUUGGAACUGGGCUGCUUCCAGCAGGCUGAAGCUGAUUGCAGCCAAGCUAUUUCCUUGGACAAGAAGAAUGUUAAAGCGUAUCUAAGAAGAGGUACUGCCAGGGAAAUGCUAUUGUGUUACAAAGAAGCUCUUCAAGAUUUUAAACAUGCCUCGGUGUUGGAACCACAAAACAAGACUGCACUUGCUGCAGAAAAGAGACUGAGUAAACUAAUUGGCUGAAGGCGAUUGCAUGCUUACAUUCACACAAGUGAAAUGUUCCUCGAGUUCAACAAAAAUCCGACGCCAACGAAAAUAUUUUUGGCUUCCUGAAUCAAAUCCACUUCGUUCAUGAAGUCACAAUUUGCUGACUUGUCACUUUUAUUUAUAUCUUCUCCAGAAAUUUUGUGAUAAUGAACUAUGCAAUGCAGAGCUUUGUCGCGCCACAUUGAAGGAUUUCAUUGUACGUUUCAUGGAACGGAACCUAAAUUAAAUAGUGUUUCUUGUUUAUUUCACGAAGGAAUAAGUGUCUACUUAUUACAUCCAUAUUUUUGAUGUGGAAUGGACUGCUAGUUCGAUCAGUAAAAAUCGUAAUUGGAUAA